UACGCAAAUAUGGUAUUAACCAUACAAUGGUCUCAUGUUGGCAUGAACAGGAAGAGGAUUUUAGAGUUGCAAGAAGUUCUAAUCGGUGUGUUGGUUCUGGUAAUAAACCAUUUUAUCCUCUAGCAAAAGAAGUAUUAAAAUAUUGGAUUGAUGAAUUGUGCUAUGAAGGAAUUGUAGUAAUGCCUUCUGCUGUAAAAUUGAAAAUGCAAAAUCUGCUUGCAACAGAUUUUAUUCAACU